GCCGUCACGUGACCUGUCCCGGCCCGGUCAGCUGCAGCACGGAGCGGGGCCGGGGCCGCACGCCGCUGAGUGACGGGAACCAUGGUGCUUCGGCCGGCGGCCUGGUCGGAGAUCGGCGCGUCUGAUGUGAUCGAGCCACAAUAUCGCAAGUAUUUAGGGUUUCAGUACGGUGGUUCUUGGUGGGUGUGGUGCUGCUUACCUUUUGGGUUACAAUGCUCUCCGUUUUAUUUUCACAAAUGUAUUCGUGCCGUUGUUAAAUAUUUGCGUGAUGUCAAAUCAUUGUCACUCAUGGCCUAUGUUGACGAUUUUUAUUUAUGCUCCACAAAAGCAAGCAUUGAUCGAGACCUUGGUGUGUUGUUAGAGACGCUCAGUACCUUAGGUCUCGCUGUGAAUUUUGAAAAGUCACAUCUCACGCCCUCGGAGUCGGUAACUUAUUUAGGCUUUGAAAUUCGCUGUGCUACCGCUUUGAGCCCUCCUGUGAUUACGGUUCCUAAGUGUAAAGUUCGAAAGUUGAAGCAAGACAUUUCGAGGGCGCUGAAGCGUAGUUUCAUUUCGGCUCGUUUGCUAGCUCGGAUCGCUGGCCGGUGCAUCAGCAUGCUGGCGGCAGUCUUUCCGGCAAAGCUGAAAUUGAGGAAUGUGUACCGUCUCCUCAAUUCCAGGUCAUCCUGGGAGGCUCGGCUUCUGUGGUCGCCAGGAGCGAGAGAGGACCUGUCGUGGUGGGUGUCCUCCCUCGACGGCUGGAACGGCAGGCUGCUGGUGCCGCCGGCUGUCUGCGAGCUGCAGCUCUCCACCGACGCGUCGGGCUCCGGCUGGGGGGCCGUUCUCUCCACGCCCAGCUGUCAGCUGGCGUCCGGAUUCUGGGAUCAGCUGGUGAGCAGACAGUCGGCGAAUUAUCGAGAGCUAUUAGCGGUUUAUUUUGCUCUUCGCUCGUUCCGUUUUUCGAUAGUUGGAAAAACAGUAGAAGUUCUGUCGGACAAUGUUACUACAGUCGCUCAUAUAAACAAAUUCGGUUCAUCCAAUGUUAGCUUAGAUAGCAUCGCACAGAACAUCUGGUCGUUUGCUUUUGACAAUAACGUUUCGCUGGUAGCGCAUCACAUUGCAGGUGUCUCGAACACGGGCCCCGACACCCUGUCUCGUAUGUCGGCGCGUCAUGAGUGGGUGUUGCACCCGUCCAUCUUUCGACAGCUGGACCGGAUGUUCGGGCCGCACACGGUGGACCGCUUCGCGGCGGUUGGCACGGCCCUGUUGCCUACCUACAACAGUCGGUUCGCGGACCCAUGCUCGUCAGGAGUGGACGCGCUGGGGCAGACGGACUGGGGCGCCGAGAACAAUUGGGUAAACCCGCCGUUUCGCCUGAUCCCGAGGGUUCUCGACGUCAUCGAGGCGCAACGUGCCGACGCGACGCUGAUCGCGCCGAUGUGGCCAGGCCAGCCGUGGAUGGCACGCCUCCGACGGCUGUGCACGGCACCGCCGAUCCGGCUGCCGCCGGUAACACGUUCGUGUCUCCCUCUAUCGGAGCAGCAGCGGAUCGAGCCACAUCAGAACCGCAGGUGGACGCUGUGCGCCUGGAGAAUCUCUGGUGCACACGGCUAGAGGCACGAGGAUGGUCGCGAGCCGCUAGCAACUAUUUACGGGUGAGCUUGGCGAGCAGCACACUCGCAACGUAUGACCGAUACAUUCGUGAUUUCUUUGUUUUCUGCGGUGCUCGUGGAGUAUCGUUUCCGCCAGAUGAUUCCGCUGUGCUGGCUGAUUUCUUCAUGCACCGGUGCGGGUCGUCGGACCGGCCGCACUCCACCGUUCGGUGUGUUUCUGCGGCCAUUUCAGCUUUGUAUGAAGCGUUCGGAGCGGAUAACCCUGCUAGGGAUCCGUUCAUUGUGAGACUCCUGCAGGCCAUCGUUAAAGGGGGCACGCGCGCCCCGAUGGUUCGAUCUGCAAUCAUGGAUGUUUCGGCGUUCGUCCGCAUGUUUCAGUCUUGGCCAGACAGUGCAGAACUGUCUACCAAACAGCUACGGCUGAAAACCAUUACUUUGUUAUCGCUAGCUUUAAUGCUGAGGCCGUCUGACGUCGCGCCACUGGCUAAGAGGUACGAGUCCAGUACCGGUGUUAUCUCUGAUUUUGUUAUGUCAACGGACCAAUUUCAGUUUAACGCGGACGGUUCUCUCGGUGUGACCUUUCUCGGCGUCAAAAAUGACAGCCAGCGUACGGGCUUCCAAGUUACUUUGCCCCCCAGUCCUGAUAGCAAGUUAAAUCCUGUGGAAGCACUCAGGGUUUAUCUGGCUCGUACGGAAUCGGUGCGUUGUCCGACUACUAAACCGGCGUUUUUAACUCUCGUUAGGCCUUUCAAGGCUAUAUCUGCUAGCACAGUCGCUGAAGUUCUGCAACAGGCCAUCACUGCCGCCGAAAAGUUUGGCCUGCCGACUGGCCAUCGGCCGAAAGAUUUUCGGCCGACAGGGGCUACUCGGGCGGUUCAAUUAGGCUUUGACACUGAUGAUGUACAACGUCUUGGCCGCUGGAAAACACGUUCAGUCUUUUUGGAGCAUUACGUGCACAACGCGAUUCAAAGCUCGUACACGGAGCAAAUGCUCAAGUGAUCGUGUCAGUCUGAUCAGUCGUGUGUGUGUUCGUCCUUCUAGAGCCAGGCACUUG